UUUUGGCAAAAGGGUGUAACCCAAUUUUUCAACUUUUUGAGAAAAUACAAUUUCUAGGGAAAGUGAGGGCGCUUUUCCCAAUGAACGAAGUCUCAAGUCCGUACGAUGUACCAUUUUAAAGAUAGUAUGUGCUAUCUUCACAUAUUUUUCAUAUUUUCAUUCCGAUUUCUUUGGCAAAACGGUGUAUCUCAUAGAUAACACCCGCUUAUAGAUGAGUAUGUUGAGGCAAAACAGCCUAACUUAGUGUUAAAUAUGUUUGCCCUGAAAGAAUAUUGCACUACAAGCUACUUGUUUUAUGUCAGAGAGACGUAUCUUAUAGAUACACUCUUCUGCUAUGUGAAGAGUAUGUUGCUAUCACUGACUAAUUCUGCGUCAGAAAGAUGUAUCUCUCGGAUACACCGUUUUGCCAUAUUAAAGUUUGUUACUCCCAAAUUAUUAUUUUCUAUCAGAGGGCCGUAUCUCUACAUACACCGUUUUACCAUCAAAAAGGUAGAUUGAUCAAUAGUAAACAGCUUUAUGUCAACAAGACUUAUCUCUUGAUACACACUUUUGCCUUGAAGACUGUUUAUUAAUUGCUAGCCGGCGGCGGGUGUAUUCUGAUGUUACGCCCUUUUGCCUUGUUUACAACCUGACAGAGAGGGCGCCAUCAUUUUAGUUUUGACUUAUACCCUGACUGCACAUGUAGUGAAAGUACAUGCAGGCGGCAUGCAGACUAAAGGCAACACACAGCUAGCUCGACCUCGUCCCCAGGGUGUGUCGAGCAGUACGAGGACUAUUGUAAACAUGGUUGGAAAUAAAGUAAACCAUGGGGACGAGGUUGCAGCUAGCUAGCUGUCAUGCAAUUUGUUGUUUGCUUGGACAUGCAGUAGCUGUAAUACAAAAUGGCAAGUAGAGGACUUGUGAUGUUAAAAUUGGCCCGGCUUAAAAAUCGUAAAGCAACCCAGCCAAAAUGUGAAGUGCCAUCAUCAGCUGCAUGUGCAUUGCUGCACACACCUCAUCCAACUGCAGCAAUUACUAACCCAGAUGAGGAAGCAGCUGCCUUACCAGCCCCAGCAGCAAUGACGGUUACUGUGCCUACAACUAGCAAAGGAACCAAGCCAACAUGUGAAGUGCCAUCAUCAGCUGCAAGUUCAUUGCUGCACAUGUCUCACCCAACUGAAACAAUGAACCAAGGACAAGUAGCCUUACCAGCUCCAGCUACACUGAAUGAGGCCAUACCUGCAACUGGUAGUAUUGAACUUUCCAAAACUCAAACUGAGUCAUGUGCAAGAGCAUUACCUCUCGUAGUUGCUUUGACUAGGUCUAAAAGAGUUGCCUCAACCAUGUGGGUCACCCCAGUCUUUCAGCCUUCAAUGGAUGUGCCCAGUGAUGUGCAGGAAGCAGCACUGCCUUCUGUGACCGAUUCACCAUCAUCAUUCGUUCCCACAGAUGAGGAAACAGUGGCCUCACCAACUCCAGCAGAAACAGUUGCCUCGACCACUUGGGUGCCCCCAGCCUUUAAACCUGCAACUGAUGUGCUUAGUGAUGUACAGGCAGCAGCAUUACCCACCGUGACUGAUUCAACCUCACCCAGGUGUGUCCCCCAAGCCUUUAAGCUUGCCAUUGAUGUGCCUAGUGUAUUAGACAUCAAUGUGCCUGUUACAGAUGCAGAAGUGACGGCCUUGCCCCUUUUGCCUGCUUCAACCAGCCUUGUAUCUAAAAAGGCAUCAUGUCGUAAACAAUUGUUUCCGUCUGCACCAGCUUUCUCCUUCACCAACGCAGGACUGCCAUCUUCUAGCCACGCACCUGCAGCACAAUAUGAGGACCAGGACUUUGACAUGCAAAGCUUAUCAGAUGAAUCUGAUACAAUAUUUGAUGAUAUCAUGAUAUGCCCUUCAGCUGAAACUGCGAUAAAUGACAUGCUGAUGAGCUGCAUAAGUGGCGACAUUGAAAGACCGAAUAUCAUGCCUGUUACAGGCAAUAUUGAUCAGAUACUAAUACAUGUACCUGUUGAAGAGGAUGAAGUCAUGGCCGAGGACCCGCAAGGUAUAGUAAAUGACAGUGAAAAAAAUAAUAAUAAUAAUGAUUAUAGGAGGUCGUACACCAUUGCGUUUUCGCAAGGUUCAUUUCUUACAAAAACAUUUUGACUAAAUUGAUUAUAAAAAAUGUAAACAAAUUUAAAUUAUAAAUACAUUUUCCUUUAAUA